AUGGCCCCGAGGUCCAAAAAGAAAGCGCCCAACGGCCGCACGCACACCCGGCUCGGCCUCCGGGAAACGGUGCCGGUGCUGGCGAGCCCGCGAGGUGUCUGGGAGUUGGGCGAAAACUGCAGACUUGGAGACUCUUAUACCUCCGUGCAGGAAAGUUUCCGCUUUCCAACCCCCCUCCCCCGUCCCACUCCCCCCCCUUCCUCGGGGUCUAACAAUUCGUCCUCCCAAACCAUUCAAAAACGACCUGGCCCGGGCGGCCGGCCCCUCCGCCCGCCUCCUUGCUGCCCUCCCCCUUCCCUCUCCGCCAGGAGAGGGGCGAUUUCCUUCCGUGCCGUAGAGCUAGGGAGCGCCCCCGCACCCUAUCGCAGCGCCGGGAAACGGCCAGAGGGGACUGUGCUGGCCGCUGUAGCUGCCCCAAACGGAGUGGCUGUGACAGCAACGGUGGCAACAGCUUCUACGCAGUGGGUGAUGUCUCAUCCCUCCUCGGAUCCCUAUAGGUCUUUGGGGCCGGUUUGGGAGUCCUGGGCGCGGGGAAGAAGGGGUAGAGUGGCAAGAAAGUGUCAACCGCGGAGUCCACCCAGUGGUCAGGUAGAGGAACUCUUGGGGUCCCCAGGGCUUAACCGCGGCGGCCGGGGCUUAAGGUCGAGGGCGUUUCUGAGGACGUGGCUGCGUAGCAGGGGCUGUGGAGCUAUGCCCCGGCCUGCUCUCUUACCCCUCCGGGAGAAGCAUCUGGGCCCUCCUUUUCCCUCUGCAGUGACACAAUGUACAGCCUCUCUGUACCCAAAGGACUGCGCCUCUGAAAGUGUUAGAGGCAGAAGUUCAUUCUCUCCCCUACCCCUACCCACACAACGAGGGAAGCCUUGUCUUUGGGGAAGGAGCAAAGCUGGAGGAGGGCAGCACACGCCUUCACCGCGGCCCGGUUACCCGGCGCAGCAGCCCAAGGUGGAGAACCCUUUGACCAUUUCAUCCCCAUCGCACCGCCAAGUCAGUCUCCGCAUGUGACCUUGGAAGGAAAGUGCAGCCUGUCCAUUGGUAUCCCAUCUCAACUGCCAAUUAACUUUGUUGAUAUACAUGCCCACAACUUACUACAAUGAGCUGCUGGAAUAACUGAAAAAAUAAUGUAAGAAACGUACAGUCACUCAUAAGACUUAUCAAUGUUAGUUGUGCUGCCUAGUAAGCAUUUGUGUGUCUUUUAACCAUCCAAUGAUUGGUAAUUUAAAUACAAAUCGAACAAUUUUGAUGUUUUCCUAAUUAAAGUUCCCUUCAGAGACUCAUACCCUUUAUCUUUCUUUGCUGCUUCAGGGGAUCUUCUUUUCCUGAAGUUCAGAGUCCUAAUUCCAUUGUUUGGUUUGGUUCUUCCCUCAGAAAACAUGUUGUUUUUGCCAGUGACCACAAGAGGACACAAUUUCCCAGAGAACUUAAUUUAAAAAGCUCAUAGAAGAAAGCUAACAAAAUAGCAGAAAUACCACACAAUUAAUGAGUAUCACUUUGGAAAUGUUUGGUUGAUUUAUAUGAAUUUUAUUGAAUUUUAAAAACAAACAUGCUUUAUUAUUGAAGCUUUAGAUGUUUCUAAGAUACCAUUUUUUCCUUAUUUAGGCCCCAAAUAAAAGUAUACAUUUCUGAAAAUAUACAAAAAUGCUACUGUUGUAAUUCAAAUAAAAAUGUUUAUAAUACACUAGUACAAUUUUGUACAAAAUUCUUGAUGACAUAGAAUUUUAGUUAAUUUUAAAGUCAUGCUUGGAGAUGAAAAAUAAUGAAUAUUUCAAAAUGCAAUAGAAAGUUUGAAUUUUCAAUUUGGUUGUCUGGGGUGUUUUUAUAUAGAAAAUUCCACAGAAACUAUGUUUUGUAGUUUGACAAGUGCAUUUAAAUGUGUA